CAAAGUAUGACAAGCUUUUUACCUUUCUGUUCUGUCGAGACACUUCCGUCGUUUUGCCUCCUUAAGUUUAACCGACCUCGGGGUUGUAUGGCAGGUGCUAAACUAUACCCUCCUUUUGUCUUUUUUCCCCCUCUCUGUUAAAGCCUGCACACACUUUGGCUGGUGAAGUUAUUUGUAAUCUACAAAUAACGUUUUCUAAAGAUCCGCAGUGACGUCUUCAAAGGCAGCAGAAAUCAUCUGAAGAUUUCUCGCCUCCCUUUGAGAGGUUGAGUAACACGGACAGAAUGGAGGCCCUCAAAGCCAGUCGAGAGAAGACACAGAACCAGACCACAGUGUAGAAACCAAGCAAAAGGUGAGACGAGCCCAGGGUGUCUAAAAUAAGACCUCCACAUGAAGUGUGUAUAAAGCUGGAGCCGAAAUAAAGAAACGUUUAAGAACUCUGAAAAAAAAAGAAAGAAGAGAGACGUCAAGCAGCAAGCGGAUGACGACUGAAAUCACCAGGAAUGGAGUUACAAGGAGACGAGUGCUUCAGACUACUAUGAGAGCUACAAAGAAGGGUUGUACAGCAAACACCUCGUGAACCCUGUGCCUCUUCAUAUCAUAAAUAUCUGAAGAAAAAAAACUUCAUCGACCAGGCGAGACCAUCAGAGGGAACAAUGAACGGCGUGGAGGAGAUGUCGUUGAAGUGCGUCCUGGUCGGGGACAGCGCCGUGGGAAAGACCGCCCUGCUGGUCCGCUUCACGUCGGAGACCUUCCCGGACUCCUACAAGCCCACCGUGUUUGAGAACACAGGGGUGGAGGUCUACAUGGACGGCGUUCAGAUCAGUCUGGGCCUGUGGGACACGGCGGGAAACGACAACUUCCGACAGAUCCGACCCAGAUCCUACCAGCAGGCCGACGUCGUCCUCAUCUGCUUCUCGGUGGCCAACCCCAACUCCCUGGCCAACGUCCAGCACAAGUGGAUCAACGAGGUCCGGGAGUACCUGCCGAGGGUGCCCAUUUUGGUCGUGGCCACCCAGACGGAUCUGCGGGAAGUGGGGUCGUACCGGGGCACCUGCAUAUCACCUGCAGAGGGGAGACACAUGGCUCAACAGGUCCACGCUAAAGGCUACCUGGAGUGCUCGUCCUUGAGCAACCGCGGCGUGCAGCAGGUGUUUGAGUAUGCGGUUCGGACGGCUGUGAAUCAGGCCAGGAAGCAGGCCAGGCGACGGAUGUUCAGCAUAAACCAGUGUAAGGUCUUUUGACUCUUGACCUUGAAUAAGCGGGCGACUGUGCCUUCACAAAGAGACUUCAGUGAACUGUCUUGGCGAGCGGUUUCAAGUCAGGACCUGUAGACGUACAGCAUCCCAAAGUUGUAUUCCUAUUCUCUACAGAAAGUUCCUCUCACUAAAAGGGACUCCCGUUAACUUGAGCUGAAUUUAAAAAAACAUUGAUUCAGUCAUACUCCUAAUACAGCGUCAUGUCAGCUCUACAUUAGUGCGAUGUAGGGAGGGAUGUGCAGAAAACGUCCAAUCUGACGGUGAACAACAUGUGCAUCAGACGGAGGGAUUUUGUGUUUCAGAAAGCCUCAGGCAGAAACUCUUUUUUAUUAAUUGUGUUGCUGUGAAAGACUUUCUUCAGUAUGAGCCUUUAAAGCUUUAAACUGGAAACAACACAUCACUUCUCGUGGAGGAAAGUACCUCACUAUCGCAUUAUGUCGCCUGAUGGGGCGAAUUCACUUCCAACGAUCUGUUGUAUAAAUGCCCUCAACGCCACAGUAAGUCACAGGCAGUAAUUUUUUUGUACGGCUGCAUUGAGCUUCAACAGAGCAGGCCCGGUUCUACGAGGGUUGCAGAAGGUUGCGGUGCACCCUCAUUUAAAAGGACCCCCCCCCCCUCUCAAUUCACAAAAAUGAACGAUAGUUGUUUUGUGUUUUUACAAAAAGUUAUCAAAGCUUUCAAAGUGACAACAGUGACUCCGAUCGUGUUUAUUCUAGCUGUGUUGGUCAUGAGAGGUGCAUGUGACCUGUCUGUUAAGCGGGGGACAACAUGAGGGUCCCAUUGCACCGACGCUGUUUCUCAAUGCUGCUGCCGAUCACCGUAGCUGCACCCCCCCCCCCCAUCCCCUCUAAUCUCAGACAUUUUGUUCUACAGUCAGGCCUGCACAGAGGGAUUUGACUUUUCUUUUUAAAACUCAAACUAAGGAAUUACUUUGUGUAUUAUUGUACUGUUAAUUGUUUGCUUGCAGAGGAGGAUCAUUCAUGAGACUUGAUCAGAAAAGUCGUUUAUUAUCUCUGACAGACAAACAUACAAUCCUGUUAAAUCUGUUCAGGGUUGGGCGACAUGGACAAUAUUUAACUUUGAUAUUUGUUAGCUGAAUGCUGAUACAUCGUUUAUUUUUUUCACAGUAAAAAAAAACAGUCACUUCUAAGUCAAAUCCGCUCGAGCUAAACGUCACACAGACUCUUUUAUGAACAGCCAGCUGCACAGUGUCAACAUGUAGAUUACGUCAAAUGACUUCAAAUAUGAUCAUAUUAAAUAAAAUGCUCCUUAAAUAAAAUAAAAUCAAUGAAAAUGUUCCUUCCCUACGCAAUGGUACUCUUGUUAGACUUAAGAGCCACAUUGAAAAUUUCUUUCUUUCCUAAAAUAUGUGUGGGAAACACGGUGACAUGACCUGCAAAGACUAGUUUCUGCUGACGAUGUUUCCCUUUUCUUAAAAAUAAUUGCUUUGUAUUGUUUUUUUUUGUCCAAGUAGGAUCUAAAAGAGACACAUGUGCCACGGGUUGAGUAUCACUGCCCUUUAGUAUAUCUGGUGUGAAAAUAUCUGGAUAUAUCUUAAAAACUCAACACACUGCAUGUGUCAGCCCUGAAUCUGUUAAAAAAAAAAACAUUUUUAGGAUUGUUUGUAAGAUUCUGUGAGACUUACGUCCCAUUAAAAUACACUUUCACUAACACACACAGUCUGCAGUGAAGGAGUUUAUUUUUAUGAGUACAUUAAUCAAACUUUUUAUAAAGCCUUGGCACAUUUUUUUGGGGCUGUUGAGACUUUUUAUUUUUCAUAUUUUGUAUUUAUUAAAUAACUGCUACCUGUAUGUAUCUUAUCCAUCUGAUCAAACUGUCCCAGUCGUCUUUUGUUUUACUAAAAAAGCAACUUCAAUAAAUCAGUCAGAAGAUUUAA